AUGAGUCCAGUUUACGAAUUUGUGUUACUGCUUUUGUUUUCUAACCUUUUGCCACUUCUCUUGGCUGCUGGGUUCCCACGAGAGUGUCCCCCAUCAUUUCCUUGCGGAUAUCUUGGCGACGUCAGUUUCCCUUUUACUAAAGCAGAACGCCAGGACUGUGGCUUCUUGCCCAUACGAAAUUGUGAUGAUCCACUUAGCCACAAAAUGAUCCAACCACAGAAAAAUGGUACAUGGUUUCAGGUUAUACGUGUAACUCAGCUUCUGAGUAAUCCUACUACUCCUUUCACAACUUUUCAAUUUAGAGACGAAGAUCUCUAUGCCCUUCUGCAGAACCAAAGUUGUGAAGCUUUCAGAAGCAAUUAUACUCUUCCUCAUACCUCUCCCUUUGCUUCUUUUAGUUUCGCAUUCACCACAACUCUGGUCAGGUGCAACCGCAGCCUCCCAUUCAACCCUCCCACCAACAUGUGUAACUAUACAAAGUGCCAUGACUACAACCUCUACUUCGGCUACAAUCACUCGAGUUCUUUGACAGCAUGCACAGAGGUCGAGCUUCCAAAUAAGGACGUGCCUGACGGUAUCAACCCAUUUGCAUUCCUCACUGCCGAUGUACUGAUUAAAGUAGAAUUAACUAAUGAAUGUUUAGAUUGCAUCAAUCGCCAACGAGGGCUCUGUCAACUUGACAGCAGAGAGAGAUUUUAUUGUGCCAAAAGUUACGCUUCGACCUUGUUGGCUGCUGGACUUGUAGUGCUGCUGGUUUUGGUUUGCUGCUUCUGGAGAAAGAUCUUUUAUCCUGUGUUUUGGAGGGAAAAUCCAACUCAUCGCAUUAUUGAGAACUUUUUGAAGGAACAUGGACCUCUUCCUACAGCCAGGUACAGUUUUUUAGAGGUUCAGAAAAUGACCAACUCUUUUAGAAACAAAUUAGGCCAAGGGGGAUUCGGUAGCGUAUACAAAGGGAAAUUACCUGAUGGAAGUGUUGUUGCAGUGAAAAUUUUAAGUAUAUCUAAAGGCAAUGGAGAAGAAUUCAUCAAUGAAGUUUGGAGCAUUAGUAAAACUUCACAUGUUAAUGUUAUUAGACUUUUGGGAUUUUGUUUCGAAAAUUCACGCCGGGCUCUGAUAUAUGAGUUUAUGCCUAAUGGAUCUCUUGACAAGUUCAUCUAUGAAGAGAAAAAUGAAUUAAACGAUGUUCAUCAACUGGAUUGGAAAAUAUUGAAUGAUAUUGCUAUGGGCAUUGCUCAUGGAUUAGAGUACUUGUAUAGAGGUUGCAACACUAGAAUUAUACAUUUUGACAUAAAACCUCACAACAUAUUACUAGACGAAGAUUUCUGUCCAAAAAUAUCAGAUUUUGGACUUGCAAAGAUAUGUGCUAGAAAAGAAAGCCUGGUAUCCAUAUUUGGUGCCAGAGGAACUGCAGGGUACGUUGCCCCAGAAGUUUUUUCUAGAAACUUUGGUGUUGUGUCACACAAGUCAGAUGUUUAUAGUUAUGGAAUGAUGGUGUUAGAAAUGGUUGGAAGAAGAAAGAAUGUUAACACUGACGUAGACCGGUCGAGUGAAAUAUAUUUUCCUCAUUGGAUUUACAAUCGUCUUGAAGGAAAUACUGAGCUUGGUUUAGAAAAUAUAAGAAAUGAAAAUGAGGAGCAAAUGGUGAGAAAGAUGACAAUAGUGGGCUUGUGGUGCAUACAAACUCUUCCUUCAACUCGACCAACCAUAAGUAGAGUGUUUUUGAGAACGAAAAAACAGUUUUUCGAGGAAUUGGAUAUUAUCAAUGGUGGUCUUCAAAUCAAAUAA